GGGGGGGGGGCACAGCAGGAGGAGGGAGCACAUGUGAAACAUCAAAUGUAAAAGAUAGAGGAUGCAACACACUGGAGAAACACAGAGCAAGACGUCCAUACACUAAGAAUGAGUGAAACUCCAAGAGAGCUUGAGACUCAGCUAUCAGUCCAACCAUCGUCACAGCCAGAACCUGAGAGGCAGCUUCAGCCUCCACCUCUGUUUCAGCUGCCACUCCCCACCCAAGAUCCUUCCACUACCCAUCAACUAACCCAGUUCCAGCCUGAGCUGUCAGAGCCUAACCCAGAGGACCAGCACCGAGCAAAGCCAGUGUGGAUAAACCAUCAAAGGCUGCUUCUCCUCCUUCUGGGGUUCUCCUUAUGCGCUGCCAUUCUGGGACUGAUUUAUUACAUGCAUCACAAUCUUCAGAAUAGGAGCAAUAACCGGCCCGGCACUGAGACUCCAUGUCUCUCCCCAGCCUGUCAGUGGGCCUCGGACCGCCUGUCCAUGUCUGCUGAUCCCUUCACGCAGCCCUGUGAUUACUUCUUGUUCACAUGUGGAUCUGACAGACUUUCACCAGACAGCGGGGGCAGACAAAGAGGUCAGGGUAUCUCCGGACAUCCACAGAACCAGAAGGAAAAGGUUGUAUGGCCAAAGAGGAGAGCACAAAGUAAAGAGAGAGAAGACCAAUCGCAGAAAAGAGAGAAAAUACUGGACAGAAAAACUGUGAUGCUGCAGUAUCUCAAGGAGCUUUUGGAAUCAAGCACCAGACCGGGUAGUACAGCAGUGCAGAAGGCCAAAGGAUUCUAUCAUUCCUGUUUGGACAUCAGAUCCUUAGAGACCGCUGGAGCAGAGCCCUUCCUUGCACUCAUCCAGAAACUGGGAGGCUGGGCAGUAUCAGGCCAGUGGAAUCAGACCGAUUUCAACUCCACCCUGAGCCUGCUCAUGAGAGACUACGCCACCUUUCCAUUCUUCAACCUCUAUGUGGGCAGAGACCCAAAUGAAAUUGCCCGCGGGACAACCAAAAGAUACAUACAGAUUGAUCAGCCAGAUCUGUUGAUCCCGAUUGAAUGGGACCGCAAGACACAAAAGUCUAAAGCUAAAACUCAGACGCUACGUCCUUUCUUGGCAUCGUGUCAGAGGUACCUGGCACUGUUGGGGGCCCUGCCCAGCCGCAACAUGAUCCACGUGGGCACGUUCAUCUCUCUGUCCUCUGAGCUCGCCGUGGCUGCUACACCUCUGCAGUAUCGCCUGUCGAAAGGCCAGCUCCAUCAGCGCAUGACCAUCAAAGAGCUACAGAGCCAGGCGCCUGCCAUUGAUUGGUUGGGCUGUCUGCAGGCUGCUUUCCAUCCACUGCCCCUCAGUGAGGAUGAUGAUGUUCUUCUGCAUAACUUGCCCUACAUUGUGCAAAUGUCCCACAUCAUUGGCAAAUGGCUGUACAAGCAUGAUCUGAGAACCAGCGCCCCCCUUCAUACUUACAUGGUCCUCAAUCUGCUGCACACUCUGAUGCCUGCCCUAGACUCAAGAUUUUCUGAAACUGCUGCAAAUCUGUCUGUGACUCUGGGUAACAGUGACGGGGUAGCCCCUCGCUGGAAACAGUGUGUGUUAGAGACUGAGAGAGGAUUUGACUCAGUUCUUAGAAACCUUCUCAGUGAAAGGACAGCGCACAGAGAGGCAGAGGAGAUUAUACAAAAUAUAUUUUCCUCCUUCAAGUCCAAAUUACAUGAACUAAAGUGGACAGAUCAGAAGUCUCUCCAGUCUGUCAUGAAAAAGGUUGAGUCUUUAAUUCCAAGACUUUGGACUACAGAGAAGAUCUCGAAUGAUGCUGAGCUCGACCUGCUUUUUUCCAAGGUGACAGUCAGCACAAAUAGCUUCUUCUCCAACUACGUCCAGCUACUGUCCUUGUGGCAAAAGAGACGCAGUCAGCUCUUGACUGAGCGCACUGAGGCUGCUGAUAUUCUGUCUGUUACACCAGUAAUCCUGGGUAAUGAGCUCCUCUUUCCCAUGGGAAUGUUUGUCUCUCCUCUCUUCCAUCCUACCUAUCCAAGGGCAUUGAAUUACGGUGUAAUAGGUUUCCUUAUCGCCAAAGAUAUCCUCCACCUGAUCCUGCCUGACAUUUUUUCUCAGAGUGAGACGGUGCAUGUUGUGGGGGAAUGUGUGUGGGCUCACUACCUCACUGUGACAGAAAAAGCGGGCCGGGGUGGAGUAUUGUCUCUCUCAGCAGCGCAGCAGCAGGAGGUCUGGGUGCAGUAUUCUGCACUGCAGAUAGCAUUGCAGGCUUAUCAUCAGAGUCUAAAGAACCAUCCGAGUGACACUUCCCUCUCAGGACUGUCACACACUCAUCUGUUUCUCACAUCUUUUUCUCAGGUUAACUGUGACUCCGACCCGUACCGUGAAUUCAUGCCCUUGGAGCCCUCCUUCCUGAUUACAGUCAUUUGUGCCAAAUCUGACCUGUGCCCUACGAGCCUACAGUGCCCCAAUAAAACCCAGCAGCAUUUACUACAGACUUGCUGAGUACGCUCAACUGGAGGCCAGCAGGUUUUGUUUUUGGAGUUACUGAUUAUUAUGGAUUGUCUGGCAAAUUAUCGACUUGGUGCUGCAGAAAUUCAGCACACCGUGGAUGCUGGCAAACUGUUGUUACAAUAAAGACAACAGAUAUUUAUUAUGAGAGUACCGACAGUAUGUAUAGAAACAAGGAAACACUGACAUUUUUUUUGUGUCGGUACUUAGUGUUUUAGAUGCGUGAAUUUCCAUAGAUUGCACAAGCUGUUAAGGUUUCAUGUAAAUAAAAUAAAUGUUUGAAAAACAA